GAAUCUUUUUACUUUCAAAAGAAAUCUUCCAUGUCCAAAAUCACAAACUAAGCCAAUAAGAGGAGGAUCUCUUUUCCUCAGCUUUUUGUUACCUAUUUUCAAAGGAAACAAAGUUAAAGCAACUUCUCUACUUGUCUUUAGCUUGUGGUCAUUUUUUUUUCUUUCUUAGAAUAUGGUUCAAAGAAAGGUUCCUGAUAAACUUGGAAUCCAAGCUGAUCGUUCAAGGAACCAUGAUCAGAAGCUAUUGAUGAGCUUGGCAAAACCAUCCUCAUCCCAAUACCAAGAUGGGAAAAAGAGAGGGCCUGACUUGAAGAAAAAAAGGAUGAAGAAAUCAAAAUCUUUCAAGCUUUCUGAUUAUGAUCAUCAGAGCUUGAAAUCAUCUUCUUCAUCAACUUCAACUUUGAUCCUCAAACAGGUCAACAUAUGCCAGCCAGGAAAGCUUCCACCACAAACAGUACUUCCACUUCCACAACACAAGCAGCCGACAACCAUCAAAACCGCAUAUGGCUCCCCUAAUUAUAUGAAGUCCACUAGCUGUUUCGAUGCCAGAAAGGGGCAGCAAUCUCAGGUGAGUAGUCUUCGGAAUACCGGUACCUCCAAAGUUGUUACUUCGGCUUCUAAUAACAAAAAACCGGUAAAAUCUUCAAAUAAAGCAUCAUCUAGUUCUAAGCAUGUUAGGACUUUAACAAAGACUCCUAAUUUUAAGCACUCAAGACCAGCUUCAGCCAUGAGAAAAUCUUCCACGGUUGCCCUUUGUACUACUGAUGAUGUCAAUGUAGAGAGACCAACCUGUUCUUCAACUCUCAAGGACUCCAUGUUUCCAUCUUAUCUGACUCUUGCUCCUGGAGGAACCGAGUCCGACGGAUCCUCUAUCAUGAAGGUUUGCCCAUAUAAGUAUUGUUCACUAAAUGGCCAUCUUCAUGCUCCUCUUCCUACAUUCAAGUGUUUCUUGUCAGCUAGAAGACGUUCGUUGAAGACACAGAAGAAAAUGAAAGUUCAAGCUUUGAGCCCGAGAAAGGGGAAAAUGGUGCCAUCUGAGGAGGAAGUGAAAAAAAUUGAGACCCUGCAGGUGGUAAAGCUUGAAAAUGAAGAAGCUGCAGAGAAUGUAGGGAUUGAUUUCUUUAUAGAAAUCUAUCCUCAAACUAAGGAAUAUGGUGAGGAAAAGAUUGCUUUUGUAUCACUUUCUACAAAAGGUGGAAAUGAAGAAAAAGUGGAGGAAGAAGCAGAAGCGGAAGCAAGAGAAGUUUAUAUUGAAAAACAAGUUGUGGAGAUCUUAUCAGACGGAUCACCACAGUCUGAGAUUGACACAGAUGAAUCUCUGGGGAUGGCAGUAAUCUUUUCUGAAGAAGGAAAUUAUUAUGAAGACAGAGACUACUCUUCAAUGUCGGAACAAGAAGAAACUGAAGGAAUCUUUUCAAGUGAAAGUACCUUUGAAGUUACUGAUAUGGAGUGGGAAGAGGGGAAAUGUUUUGAUGCAGAUCUCGAAGAUGAAACCGAUAACUCAAGCGAAAAUAAUGAUAAAUAUGAAUCAAUAUCCCUGUGCUCAUUAAAAAUUCUUAGUACCUGCGAUGUUGAUACGAUUCAUGACUAUGAAUUGGAAGUAGGUAAACAGAAAACAAAAUGUUUUGAAGGACUUGCUGAAGAGAACGCUACACAGCAAGAAAUAGGGAUUCAAGAAUCUGGGAAUGAAGAUUUAGACCAACCUUCCUGCACUGACGACGAGUAUGAAGAUUUAUACCGCAAAGAAGAAAUAUUUGGAGAAGGUGGCGAGCGAGAUUCUAUGCACAUUUUCAUGGCUGCAACAUCAACAAUGAGAAUUAAAGUAGAUGAAGCAGAAAAUAUUGUCAAUCUUACUGAGCUGACAGAUAAAGAUUCUUGUAACAAUCUUCAAGAUGAGUCAAAGGAGUUUGAUGAAACAAACGGAGGGAAAAAUGGAAGUCAUAAGACAGAUGAGAGUUCAGAGACAGAUGAAGAGAGUGAUGUAUUGGAAAAAAAACAAGUGUUUGAAGAAAUCUCAACUCCAGAUUCAUCUCCUGAACCCAAUGAAGAAGUGGCACCCAAGGUUGAAGAAAGGAUCAAUUCAGGUAACUUAGAGCAAUAUAUUGAUCAAAACCAGAACACCCAAUUGAAGAGUUUCCAUGAAUGUGAAGAUCAAAAGCAGAAAAAUCCACCAGAGAUGGAAGAAGGUCACAAAAACGAGAAUGAAGGCAAGGAAUUGGAAAACAAAACAGAGCAGCAAAAGAAUAGAUCAUUAACAACAUUCUUACGUCUAGAUCAAUUGAAAGAUGGUCAAGAAGAACUGAGCAACUGGUGGAACAGAUCCAGGAGAGGAGUCAAAGAUUUGGAAGUUGAAACGACAGGAGAAAUCAACCCAAGAGAACCAAAUUACUUGCCUGUUGUGGCAGACCCGGAUGGAGAGAAAAUUGACUUGAAGCACCAGGUGAUGGACGAGAGAAAAAACUCUGACGAAUGGAUGAUCGAUUAUGCACUCCAACAAGCCGUCACCAAGCUCGCUCCAGCAAGGAAGAGGAAGGUUGCAUUGCUUGUUGAAGCUUUUGAAGCUGUCACUCCAUUAAGGCAUCAGCACCACCAUCACCAUCAUCCUCAUUCGCCGGCGUUUCCUCAUGCCACAAGACCCCUUCAGGCUUGCAGCUGACAUGGGGAUAGAGGAGAAAAGUGAAAAGGUCAUUGGUGAAAAGCUGCAUGGUCCAGGAGAAAGAACAAAUACACUCAUUGUUUUCGAACAGUGAAGGUGGAAAUGGGAUUCGAACUUUAGAAUAGUAUGGUUUGUUUUGAAAAUUAAAGUUAAGGGUGGAGUAUUCCCAAGAGUAGUUUUUUUUAUAUGAUAUUUAUAUGUAAUGUUAUUAUGAUAAAUGAUGGUGUUCACAGACCAAACUGAACUUAUAUCAAUAUUGUUUCAACUUAUAUGGCAAUUUCUUAGACCUUCAAACA